AACAUCUUUCUGCGUGAACGAUCUUUGGAACGCAGGGCGGUUAGCAACACAAACUGAACCGUUGGGAUUGUUUCUCUAAUCCGGACACGGAGAAGGAAAGAUGUCUGACAGGGAGCGGGUUCUGCUGGAGCCGAACAUGCCGGCGGAGACCUGGUGUCGAGUGGAAUCAGACCCCCGGGAGUUCUGGCAGCGGGCCGAGAGGAGGCACUACCGGAACCACCUGCGGACCAGCGCGGUGCUGCGGAGCGCGCUGGCCGGCGGACCGCAGCCCAGGGCGGCCUGCGCCCAGCGGCGGCUCCCGGUGAAGCUGCCGGAGCGGAAACACUUCGACCAGAGCUAUAAAUGCCACCUAGUGCAAACAGAACGACCAGAACCAGAACCCAGGAUCUCCUGCAGCAGUCAGUUGUGUAACCAGUCCAAAGAGGCCUCUGACUGAAGGCUGUCUGUAAAGUCCAACUGGCACAUAAGAUGUUUCUCUAUGUAUUAAAUCAUUGAAUCCACACUGA